UGUUAAGAACACGCUGAAGCAGACUACCGACACGUUUAUGAAAAAUUUAGCUGGAUAUAAAAUUUCUAAGCUGGGUAUUAGAGACAAUAAAGUAAGAUAAUGUAAUCACAAUGAGAUUUCUGAUUUCAAUUAAUUUUAGAAGUAUCACAGUAAAAUAAUUAGAUUUCCAAUUACCUUGAUCAAAAUAAAUGUGCAUUUUUAGAAAAAUAUACGAAGAAAUACGAAGAAAUCAAAUAAGAAAAAUUCUCUUUCCGAGACUCUUCCGUCAAUAUUGAAAGACGAAAAAUCCAUAAAACUAAAGCAGCGCAAAGGUGCAAUUACUAAAAGCAACAUAUUUUUCUCGCAAAACGCAUCCAAUGUAUCAAACACAGCUACACGAACUACGCCCUAAGAAUAAAUCCAGGCCGUCCUCGGAACGUUCAAAAUCGCCGUUGAACACAUCAUCUUCGAAAAUAGAAGACUCGGAAGGCAUCGGGAUGCAGAAUAUGCGGAAGAAAAUUCCGCAGGUCGACCCGUUCACGCCGUUGGAAGCGGCAGCUAUGUCGUGCGUACUUGAAGAGUGCUUAGAUCAGCUCGCCACGAUCGAAUUCAUGAUACCGGCCGACGUUGAUCCACGCUGGGACGAGACGUUUAAGACGAUCGACGAGAUGUAUGGGAUGCCCGAUGAACCUAGAACGAUCUUCAGAGAAGACAUGGGUCUGCCACCGAUUGUACCCACCGCAGCUGAAAAGCUGCAGAGGGACAGAUACUAUGUAUAUAAAGUCCUUGAGAGAGUCCUUCGCGACGUAAAGGAUAACAGAAGAUUCGACAGCUUGCUCGAAGAAGUCCAUAAUAUCGUGAAAAAACAAGAAGACGAAUGUAAUCUCGAAGAGAGCGCCCAGAUAUGGCAUAGCGAAGCUGAACAACUCCGAGAGUUGCUGGAAUCCGACAAAAAAGUAAACGAGGAUGACAGAACAAGGACGAUAAAACUCGCGCAGGAGAGCAAUGCGCAAGUAGACCACACGAUAUUCUUAAAUAGCGGAAAACUAGGCUAUGCGGAAAAAUGGGCUAAAGCCAGAUUGGAGCAACAAGAACUCAAACUGCACCUACAAAAGAAAGAUAUGCUAAACAGAUUGAGUGAUUAUUCAAGAGAAUAUAACGAAGAGCAAGUUAACUCGGCGGAAGUAAGCAACUACUUAGAAGCAGAUGUCAAAGAGAAAGAAAAGCAGCUAAUUGCGUGGACGAAGAAAUAUAACGAGGAAAUUGGAAACCGGCAGCAGGAAAUCGAUGAUUUAAGGAUGCUAAUAGAAGACCAAAGAUCAGAUAUCGAGAAAAUGCGCGCGUUGAAAAAGAAGCGAGAAGAGUUCAUCGACGAGAGCAAAAGAUUGGAAGAAGAAGCGAAGCAUCGUGAGAAGCUGAAUAAAUCUGCGACUAUUAUCCAAUCGGUAUGGCGAGGUCACAUGGUGAGGCAUCAACUGGGAAAAUACAAGAACUUGUGGAAACGGAAAAAGCGGAAAAGGCGGAAAAAGCAGAGCAAGAAGGCGAAAAAGAGUGCUUAAAUGCGAAUAAGGAGAAGAAAAAAAUGAAGACUACAUGCGUGACAAUGGAGAGAUGCUGAAAAGUGAUU